GGCCCGGGUCACCUGCAAGGCGGUCCCGAGCCCCAGCAGCAGCCGCAGGAGCCGCAGCGUGCGCCCGGCUCCGGGAUGGAGGCUGCGCCCAGGCUCUGCCAUAGCGCGGUCCCGGGCAAGCGGCGGCGGCGGCUCAGACGUGGCGUUCGCCAAGAAAGAUGAAGUGCUUUCUGUGUGGCACAGAAGAUUGGCGUCGCCGCCUCUCUAGAAGUGAGAGGUCCGGGUCCUGGAAGACACUCACACUCACCCACCCCCAGCAGGGGAUACCCCCAGUGACUGGAAGUUCCCCCGCUGCAGAUCUGACUUCCGUUCUGUUAAAUCCAUGCGUGCCUUCACAACCAGUUUUAAGCGAAGCUCAGGGGUUCGGACAAACCGAGGUAUAAGCAAGCGGCACUGUUGCAAGCACAGCACUUGGGCUAUUCUUGACAUCUGACCUGACUUUUGAGAGACGUCUGUGUGGGGGGAAUCCUUUUGUUACAUGCAAGAAAAUUUCUGGAGUCAUGUUUUAAUUUUUUUUUCCUGCACUGAAGUUUCUGCAAAGGUCUUCCUAUAAGACGGGAAGUCGGCAUUUUAGCAACUCAGGUUCCUGCGUGUGAAUCUACAGCUCGGGAGUCCUUUUGGCCGCGCGCUCUCGCUCUUUGCGUUCCCAGAGGGCCCUUCCGCGUCGACCGCCAGAGGGAGCCCUUCUCCGAGGGAAUUCAGCUCAGUCACAGAUGGCAUCGCAGUUGCCUGGCAACCCAUUCUGGGCGUCGCAAACAUCUGGGAUCCUAGGCCCUGCGCGUGAGGUUGUGUGGGCCUGCCAUCAACCUUAUAAGAGCGCCUCCCACUGUGUUUUACCAUGCCAUGCACCCGAGAACCAUUCCAGCGCCCCACAGAUGACAACGGUGCCUAUGUGGUUCACUUGCAGACUUCCAAGAAAACGCCUCCUAAGAACCCAACUCACUUCACUCAGUACCAGGAACCAUGGGACCGGCUCAACUCUACUCCCACAAUCACCUCCAUGCGACGGGGUAUUUGGUUUUUUGAUUUCGAGGUACCAAAGGAUGACCUGGAUUUCCGAUUAGCAGCCUUGUAUGAUCACCACUCUGGGGCAUUCAAGAACAAAUGUGAGAUACUUCUUCAAAAGGAGACUGUCCAGAGUACCCAAAGCACACCAUCACCUAGACUGCAAUCCCCUGAAGAACAGACAAUCCAGACCCCACAAGCCUUCGUCACUACCCGAGAUAACAUCAGACAGUGGGUCAACCCCAAGAAGGAAUGCAUCCACAGUAUCCAGGGGUCCAUAGUGUCCCCUCACACUGCAGCCACCAACGGAGGAUACUCCCGAAAAAAUGAUGGCGGCUUCUUCUCCACCUAGUGCUGACAGGCCCCUGGACUAAGUAACCGUAAUGUAAUACCCUGCUGCCCCCUCCAUUAAACUGACCCGUGGGACCUAGCCCCAAGUGUCUUCCCCAUGGACUACAUGUUG